GGCCCCGGCGUGUUUACUGGCCCGCGGUAUUUUUAGCCGCUCUUCAUCCGGGCUCGGCUCCGGGAACUUGCCUUGUUCGAGUAGGGGAUGAUCUGGCGGCGGCUCCCCCCCGGGAAGGUUUGUUCCCCAACACUUAGUGGAGUCCUCGUGUCCCCCGAUGCCCGACCACUGACGGGCAGCGCAGAGCCCUGCAGCAGGAGCACGGAGCAGCUGCUGAACUUCGCUUUGCCUACCUUUAUAUUUUUGUAAACGCCUUGUGUAAAGUUACUCACCAUUGCCAGUGGUAGACUUCUCUUCGUUUGUAUUCCGGAGGUCCCUUUGAAGCAAAUAGCCUCUUCCAUAGUUGGGAGAUUCGUAGAAAUGUAGUCAGUUCUUAGUCAUCACCUUCAUCAGCGGAGAGAAACAGUGUCCUCUCUGUUUUGAUUGUGUGCAUGUGUGUGGACUCUGACCAGAUAGACUGGCUUUUUGCAGCUCAUCCAGAUCAAGGUGGAUGGCUCAGUCUCCUGCUGGUAUUCUGUAUUCAGGUGGAAGCCUGAGUUUUGCUCUAUGUUCCAUCUUCCUCCAGCUGCCUGAGAGGAUUUCAUGAUCACAUGACCCUGGACAUGGAUGCUGUCUUGUCAGAUUUUGUCCGUUCCACGGGAGCAGAACCAGGUUUGGCCCGUGAUCUUUUAGAAGGAAAAAAUUGGGAUGUAAGUGCAGCCCUCAGUGAUUUUGAACAGCUUCGUCAGGUCCAUGCUGGGAACCUGCUCCCACCCUUCAGUGAGGGUCGUAGUGGCCCCAGACCCCCUGAGAAGGGACUUCCUGAAAGGGAGCCCACUCGUCCCCCCCGGCCCACCCUUCAUCGUCAGGAUGACAUUAUCCAAGAGAAACGCUUGUCCCGGGGCAUCUCUCAUGCCAGCUCCAGCAUUGUUUCCCUAGCCCGUUCCCAUGUCUCCCCUAGUGGUGGGAGUGGGGGGACCAGUGAACACCCUCUGGAGAUGCCCAUAUGUGCCUUCCAGCUUCCAGACCUCACUGUAUUCACUGAAGAUUUCCGCAACUUCAUUGAGAGAGAUCUCAUCGAGCAGUCCAUGUUGGUUGCCCUGGAACAAGCAGGGCGUCUAAACUGGUGGGUAAGUGUGGACCCGACCUGCCAAAGACUUCUGCCUUUGGCAACAACAGGAGAUGGAAAUUGCCUCCUGCAUGCAGCUUCUCUUGGGAUGUGGGGUUUCCAUGAUCGGGACCUAAUGCUGCGUAAGGCACUUUACUCACUGAUGGAGAAGGGAGUGGAGAAGGAGGCACUAAGACGGCGUUGGAGGUGGCAGCAAACACAGCAGAAUAAGGAGUCUGGGCUUGUGUAUACAGAGGAGGAAUGGCAGAAGGAAUGGAAUGAGCUCAUCAAACUUGCUUCAAGUGAACCCCGAAUGCAUAUAGGAACCAACGGAGCCAGCUGUGGAGGGGUGGAGAGUUCAGAAGAACCUGUCUAUGAGAGCCUGGAAGAGUUCCAUGUCUUUGUUCUUGCACACGUGCUUAAGAGACCAAUUGUUGUCGUGGCAGACACCAUGCUUAGGGACUCAGGAGGAGAAGCAUUUGCUCCAAUCCCCUUUGGGGGGAUCUAUCUGCCCUUGGAAGUCCCUGCCAGCCGGUGUCACCGAUCACCCCUGGUAUUGGCCUAUGACCAGGCUCAUUUCUCUGCACUGGUGUCUAUGGAGCAGAAAGAGAACUCCAAGGAGCAAGCAGUGAUCCCACUCACAGACUCCGAACACAAGCUGUUACCCUUACACUUUGCAGUGGACCCUGGAAAGAGCUGGGAGUGGGGCAAGGAUGAGAGUGACAACGUCAGGCUGGCCAGUGUGACCCUGUCCCUGGAGGCAAAAUUACACCUGCUACAUAGCUACAUGAAUGUGAAAUGGAUCUCUUUACCUUCUGAUGCCCAGGCUCCCUUGGCCCAACCUGAGUCCCCCACAGCCUCAGCUGGGGAUGAACCCCGAUCUACCCCAGAAUCAGGGGAAUCUGACAAGGAAUCAGUUGGCAGCAACUCUACCAGCAAUGGGGGAAGUGGGCGAAAAGAGAAGCCAAAGCGAGAUCGGGAGAAGGAUAAGAAGAGAGCAGAUUCAGUUGCCAACAAGUUGGGCAGCUUUGGCAAGACUUUGGGCAGUAAACUCAAGAAGAACAUGGGGGGCCUAAUGCAUGGCAAGGGUGCCAAACCUGUUGGGAUUGGGGUGGGGUCUGGGGUGCCACCUAGUAGCAGUGAGAUACUGGACAAGAAAAAGAAAGGCUCAGUCAAGGGCUGGAAGGGCAGCAAGGAGGAUGCAUCUGGGGAUAUCGGUGGGCCUGAAAAGCCUGCACCUGAGUCUCCAGGUGAUGGAGGGAGCAAGUAUAGCCAGGAGGUGAGACUGAGCUUGAGCAUUAUGAGAAUUGCCAUGCAGGGGGAACGUAAGUUUAUUUUUGCUGGAAACCUGAAGAUGAGUCACCGACACCAGUACCAGGAGGAGAUGAUCCAGCGGUACCUGGCAGAUGCUGAGGAGAGAUUCCAGGCUGAGCAGAAACAGAAAGAGGCAGAAAGGAAAAUGAAUGGAGGGGGUGGAAGUGGGCCCCCCCCAGCAAAGAAACCAGAGCCAGAUGGGGGAGAAGAGCUUCUGAGCCCUUCCCCACCAGAGCCCAAGGCUGCAUUCUCUACCAGCCACGCUGGGGGCUUCACCAUCCCCAGGCCAGCUGGGAGUGGUCCCCACUGCCAGGACCUUGGGAGGCAGGUGGCAGGGGGUCCCUGUGGAGGGGAACUCCCCUCUUAUGCUACUUUCCCUAGACAGUGCUCCUCAGGGCGGCCCUACCCCCAUCAGGACCCAGUUCCUUUGGAGAGAGACACUCAUUCUGUGGAUGGAAACCCAGGGGGAUCAUUGUUACCCUCCCCCUUUCGUGUAGCAGACAGCUACAGUAAUGGCUACAGGGAACCCCCAGAGCCAGAUGGUGCUGGUGGAUGGGGUGGAGGGACAGUGGAAGACUUGGGGCUUCCCCUGACCCAGACCAAGUGCAAACAACCGAACUGCAGCUUCUAUGGACACCCUGAGACCAGCAACUUUUGCUCCUGCUGCUACCGGGAGGAACUGAGGAGGAGGGAGCAGGAAAGGGGUGGGGAGCUGUUGGUACACAGAUUCUGAAUGGGGGUGGAAGCUGGGAGGGUAAGGGGGCAAAACAAAGACAGGUAAGCGCUACUGAUUGGCUCAUCGUGACCCAGCCCGUUGUGGGUAGGGCUAAUGCAAUAACUUCUGUGGGACCCAACCCAGGCUUCAGGGUGUUGAGGGGAUGGGUAGCCCAGGCUGCUAGGAGCUGGCCAGGGCUGGGUAGGGGGACUGAGGAAAGUACCUCACAAACAGUAGUAUGCCCCAUGGAACUGGGUGUGUCAGAGUAGGAGAAGCAAAUGGGGACAAUGUUGUGGUCCCACCCAGUAACCCAUCUUUCCCCAUCUUGGGGUGUUAAGGGACAGUUAGCUAUUGAGACACCAUGAGGCUAGUAGAGAAAUAGGCUUGAGGUUGGUGGAAUAAAAGACCAAAGUUCUUUGUAGGUUGGAAAAGCAUGUGACAAAAGGAAGGUUAAAAUAAACUUUCUACUGGUUUGGAUUCAGGUAGAGAGUGGGGUAGGGAUUCUCCCUGGAAGAAGCUAGCAGGACUGGGCCAGUGAUUGGUUGGGGGUGGGGAAAGAAGGCAGUAUUUAGUUUAAAUCACAAGGUUUAUUAUUUCCUAGGUGGAAGGAAAUAAUUUUCCUGUGGUCCUGUUUCCUCCUUAAAAAGAACAAAUUUAAGAAGUCUGUGUCAUUUAUUCCAGUUUUGAAGGGAGGAUUGUUGCUUGUUCUUCCCUACCCUUUUCUGGGUCACAGUUCAAGCUGGGUUGAGGUAGCUGCCAGUUGAUGAGGUUAUGAUUUUAUUUUUUAUUUUAAUUAUCUUAGUUUUAAAGCAUUUUGUGGAGGGAUAGAGGCAGAAGAGCAACUUCUAUGUGUUUGGGGUUUUUUCUGGAUGGAUUUUGCAGAGAUAGGUUGUAGAGAUCAUGAUUUUUGGCCAUAUCGGUAACUAAACAUGGGAGUUUGGGUGGGAUAUGGGCUUGGCUUGGUGGGUGAGAGAUAACUGGCAAGACUGUUAAACAAAAACAAACCCUAAAAAAACCUAAACCUACUAUUCCCAUCCUAUUAGGAGCACUGCUUUAAAGUAGAAUGAAAAAUUAUUUUAUGAACUAAUUUGUUUGAAAAAGAAGAAAAACACACAAAAAGAUUUCUUUUUCUACUUGUGUGACAUUUCUCCUUCCUCUUCACUUCUGGGGAGUGAACUUAAUUAACAUCUAGGCUUCUUUUGUUGAGCCAUAGCUGACCGUAGAUUUGUGGGUCGUUUAUUUUAAAAUGAAAUUAAUAAAAAGUAAUUUACAAGAAGAUAUUUUUUAUAUUAGGACUGGAGACUUUUAGAGGUGGAGGUAAUUUAUACAAGUGGGGAAUUAGUGAAACAUGACAUUUUGGAGUUACAACCACAGACUUUACUCCCAGUGAACUGAUUAAUCCUUAGAUUAAUCCCUUUUUCUGGCCACCUAGCUCCCUUUGCUUGGGAAUGGGGAGGGGGGCCCUUUGCAGUUUGCACAAAGCACAAGCCAGGACAGAGGUGGUUCUGGCCCUGACCACUUCUAAAAGCUUUAAACAGAGGACCUUUCUUGGUCCCAUCUUCACUUUCUCUCUUUGACUUUUCUUAAAGGUGUCAACUAUGCAAUUGCAUCCAUUCCUGGAUUUGUUCAGAGAAGGAGAAUAAUUAUACCUAGCAUCUGGAGUGCUGGUUGAAACUAAUAUUUCUCUACUUGGAGUUUCCUGAGAUGCUUUCUCACCAUACCUGCUCCAAAAUGUACUCCUCCCUGUUUUUAAUUCAAGUUUUCCCCCUAAUACCUAGGGGACAAAGAUAAGGGCUUUCUGCUGGCAGAUGCAGCUGGGGAAUUUUCAUUAAGAAGAGGGGCUCUUUGCUCCACUGUCCAGUGAGGGUGGUUGGGGAGAGGGGGUAUGAAAUUUCUACUACUUGUCAGAGUUGCAUAUAACUAGAUGAAGUUUACCUUUUUUCCUUCCAUUUCUCAGCCACAAAGCCCCUUCUUGUCAGAGUCCGACUUUGCUGUUUUCUGUAACCUUACUGCCUCUGGCUCUUCUGUCUUGGACUCUCUUGAAAAAAUGGUUAUUUGAUUUUAAAUAAGCAAAAGUAUCCAAAGACAAAUGGGGGUGUCUCGGGCACUGGUGGAGAAACUGACCUAGGAAUUUCUAUGCUUCCUCCACCCCACCCCAAUAUUUUUUUUAAUAAUUCCUCUGUCAUCUUCCUGAAAGCUUAUAGUGUGGGUUUGACCUAGAGAGAUGGAGGCAGCUCCAAGAGAAAAAA